AUGUUUUGGGAAACAGUGAAGUGGGUCGCUGGCUGGGGAGGUAGGUGAGGAUUAUUAAAAUCCGGCUGGUUGAUAGGAAUUUAAUUAAUGAAUUAUUAUUAUUAUUAUUAUUAUUAUCAUUAUUAUUGCAUACUGCGGAUUGUGAUCAAGAUGUUUUCGGACGCAGUGAAGUGGUUCGCUGGCUGGGGAGGUAGAUGAGAGGCUGAAUAUUUCUUUCUUUUAAUUCAAAUUAACUUUAUUAUUGAAGAAUGGAUGCUUUUGAAUUCUGGUGCUGGAGGAGACUCUUGAGAGUCCCACGCACUGCAAGAAGAUCCAACCUCUCCAUUCGGAAGGAAAUCAGCCCUGAGUGCUCACUGGAAGGACAGAUCCUGAAGCUGAGGCUCCAAGACUUUGGCCACCUCCUGAGAAGAGAAGACUCCCUGGAAAAGACCCUGAUGCUGGGAAAGAUGGAGGGCACAAGGAGAAGGGGACGACGGAGGACGAGAUGGUUGGACGGUGUUCUCGAAGCGACCAGCAUGAGUUUGACCAAACUGUGGGAGGCAGUGGAAGACAGGAGGGUCUGGCGUCCUCUGGUCCAGGGGGUCACGAAGAGGCGGACACGACUAAAUGACUCAACAACAACAACAACAACAACUUUAUUAAACAUCAAUUAAACUCCAUUUACAAAUUUCUAAUAACACAGUUUUUGGGGGGUCGGUACUAUUAGUCUUUAUCAUAAGGACUAGCAGCAUUAAUAACUAAGGCUUGACUACUGUAAUUCGCUCUACGCGGGGCUGCCCUUGAAGCUGUCCCAGAAACUCCAGCGGGUGCAGAAUGCUGCAGUGAGGCUCCUCACGGGGUCUCUGCCAGGGGAGCAGAUUCACCCAGUGCUUUUCCAGCUGCACUGGCUCCCGGUGGACUGCAGGGUCAGAUUUAAGGUGCUGCUUUUGACCUUUAAAGCCCUUCACGGCCUAGGACCCUCGUACCUACGGGACCGCCUCUCCCGGUCUGCCCCACGGAGAGCCUCAAGGUCCAUAAAUAGCAACACCCUAGAGGUCCCGGGCCCUAAGGAAGUUAGAUUGGCUUCAACCAGAGCCAGGGCCUUUUCAACACUGGCCCCGGCCUGGUGGAACUCUCUGCCUCAUGAGACCAGGGCUAUGCAGGAUCUGAUUUCUUUCCGCAGGGCCUGUAAGACAGAGUUGUUCCGCCUGGCCUUUGGCUUGCAGCCAAUUUGAUUCCCUCCCCCUCUUUCUUUUUCCUUUCUCCUCCUGUGAUGAGGCUGCAUUUUAAUAUUUCAAUAUUAUAAUGUAUUUUAAUCUUGUUUUUAAGUCAUAUUCAUUCAACUUGUUUUUAUUAUUGCUUGUAAGCCGCUCUGAGUCCGGCCUUGGCUGGGGAGGGCGGGGUAUAAAUAAAUAAAUAACAAUUAUUAUUAUUAUUAUUAUUAUUAUUAUUAUUAUUAUUAUUAUUAUUAUUACUAUUACUACCGCCUUUUGGGCGUUAGGGGGCGCCGCCUCUACGAGGCCUUUCUGCGCCUGCGCCCCCGAGGAGGCGACUCCGCCCCCCCCCGCCGCGCAUGCGCCCCCGCUCCCGUGCGGCUCCCCCGGCCGGGCAGAGCGGCUCUUUGGCCCGGGCUGGGCGCGGGGCAUUGUGGGAGUGGCUGAGGAAGUAAAAUGGCGGACCUGGCUAACGAAGGUAGGCGGCCGGGGGGGGGGGGGGAGGCGGGCGGCGCGGCGGGCGAGGGCGGCGGGGCCCGGGAGGCGGCCCAGGAGGGAGAAGCCGCCCGCCGGCCCGAGGAGGAGGCGCCGCCCAGCCCCGCCAGGCCCGGCGCGGGAGGGCGCGGCCAGGCCGGACAAAGGGAGCGGCCUGGCAGGCGGGGAGAGGGCGCCUCUGAGCAUGGGCAGAGGGCUGGCGGCCAGGGGAGCGCGGCGGACUCCCGGCCCCGCGGAGCGGAGGGCGGCCUCGGAGCAGGGGCGGAGGGACGCUGAGGGGCCUCUGAGCACGGGCAGAGCGCCUGGGCUUGUUGGGAGGAGCCUGGCGUGUGGCCCGCCCAAGAAGGGAAUGGUGGAUGUUGAGAGGCAGCCGUGCCUCUGAGCAUGGGCGGAGUGGCGCCAGCAAGUGGAGUCCCGCUUAGGAUGAGAGGCAGCAGGACCUCUGAGCAUAAGCAGAGUGCUUGCCCCAGGGGAGGCGGGCCAAGGGUUAAACGGCAGAAGGAGGGCUGCAGAAGGGGAGCCGUGCCUCUGAGCAUGGGCAGAGGGCCUAGGUUUGUUUGGAGGAGGAGAAGGAGGAGGAGCCUGGCGUGUCCCCACCUCUGGCCCGCCCCUCCGUUUCCUCGUGGAAUAAGGGAAUGAUGGAUGUUGAGAGGCAUCAGUGCCUCUGAGCAUAAGCAGAGUCCUUGCCCCAGGGGAGGCGGGCCAAGGGUUAAACGGCGGAAGGAGGGCUGCAGAAGGGGAGCCGUGCCUCUGAGCAUGGGCAGAGGGGCACCAGCAAGUGGACUCUCGCUUUAGGAUGAGAGGCAGCAGGACCUCUGAGCAUGGGCAGAGCACCUGGGCUUGUUGGGAGGAGGAGGAGCCUGCCCUCUGUUUCCUCGUGGAGAUAAACAGCAAGGGAAUGAUAUUAUUAUUAUUAUUAUUAUUAUUAUUAUUAUUAAAUUUCUAUACUGCCCUAAACCCGAAGGUCUCAGGGCGGUUCACAUAAAUAUCUAUUGCUUGAUAGAUGUCGAGAGGCAGCAGCGCCUCUGAGCAUAGGCAGAGGGUGCUUGGGCUGAGGAGCAGACCAGAUUAAGAACAGCUGCCCCUCCUGCUCAUUCAUAUAUAUAUUUGUGUAUAGCGCAUAUUGGUGCAGGUAGGUAUUUUAGGCUGGGAAGGAGAGGAUCAGCAGAGGCAGAGAGAAUUGAGCCAGGCAGGGAAAGGGGAAACCAAGCCUGGUUCAGGCAGAAUAAAUUCCGGGAGGCGAGAGUGCCUCUGAGCAUGGGUGGAGCCUUGUUGUGCGUUUGUGAAGACAGCAGCAGGCUGUGCGUUCUCAGUUAACCUGCGUGCCUUUCUGCUUUUGGUCUCUCUGCAGAAAAGCCAGCCAUCGCCCCCCCUGUCUUUGUGUUUCAGAAGGAAAAAGCACAGAAGGUAAGGAACCGGGGCUUGGCGAGGGGCCUGAGAGGGACAGGCUGGGUUCGGGGGAACCUUUGGCUCUCUGCUUGCUGCUGAACGACAGCUGCCAUCGUCCCUGGACAGCGACAGGGCUGGCUGCUGGUGGCUGUAGUUCCUCAGCCUCUGGGGACUAAAGGGUCCUUGCGCCCACAUUCAGAAAUCCCUGCUUUGGGAAGGCCCCAAGGAGACGGGGUGCAGGACAGCAAGGUUUCUGUGCAGAAAAGGAAAGGUUUGCAAGUCUCCCCCUGCUAACGUCUUCAUGUUUACAUCCUGCAGGGCAGACAAUCAUAUGACAACAGUGGGGUGUGUGCAUCCCAUGUUAGUCAAACACUGGGCAUGGCUCCCUUAUUUAUUCCCCUGAUUUAUAUCCCACCUUUGGUCCAAGGAGCUCAAAGUGGCAUGCCUGUUUUUCCUUCCCCUUUCCACUGUUUUCUUCCGAAGGCCCCUGUGAGGGAGGCUGGGAGCUUUUGACUGGACCCGAAAGGUCUCUUGGGGGGAGUGUGGUUGAUGGUGAGAGAGUUAGGACUCGAUUGGAUCAGUUAGUUCAGUCGGGAAGAACAAAACGCCCCCACUUUGACUCAGCCUAAGAAUUGACUGUAAAUUUGAGAGGGUCAGUGUUGUCUGUGCUCUCCAGACUUGGUUGGACUUCAGCCCCAGUGUGACCAAGGGGGGGACUGUUGGGGGGGGGGGUCCUACCGGGAGACAACAGAGCUUGAAUUUGGGCCUUUCCUCAAUCAAUUAGAAAGGUCCUCCUUAAAUGGGGAGGCAGGUUUCUUUUCAUUAGAACGAAUAAAAGUUUGACGUAGUUUAAUGCAGACCUUUGAUAAAAAGCUCCUCGCAAAAGGGGGAGGGCGUCGCGCCUUCUAGGAUUUACGUCUGCCGCAACACACCUGUGUGCGUACCAUCUCAUUCGUUUUUAUUUUAUUUGCUUGCUCAAUUUGCCCACCGCCCUUCCUCCGGAGAUCCCAGGGCGGUGCACAACGAAAAAAUGCAAAAUACAUAACAGAACAAAAAGGAAACCAAUAACCCCCCGUCCUGCCAAAGCCAUGAGAAGGCUGCAGAAGUACGAAGGCCCAGCUAUAGAGAGACGGUUUUGCCUGGCACCCAAAGUGAUGUAAGGAAGGCUGCCAGCGAGCCUGACUCCGGAGACCACCCCAUAUCUUAAGCAGGGGUGAGGGAGAAUGUGGCCUUUGGUGCUGUCCCCAAACCACACACCCCUCCUCACCCUUUGCACCUUUUUUUUUGGUGGGGGGCUGGCUGGGGUGUGUCUUUAGACUCUGACGGCGCCUCUCGGCCGUCCGGAUCCUGGGGCGGACAUGCACAAAGGUGCGUAAAAUCUAGCCUACUGUACAAAGGUAACCGCUGCUUGUGCCAGUCGCUCCGCUGCCCGAUUUUGCCUCUAGCCCCUGGGAAGGGAAGGCAGCCCUCAGGCCGAAGGAACUACCUUGGCCUGGAUCUUAAAGCCCAAAGCAGCACGUCCCCCUUGUUUUGCGAGCCACCAUUCAUUUUACCCAUGUGCUGAUUUAGUUGUAGGCAAGUCGGCGACUUGAGAAACUCAUAAGAUGGGUGGAUUAAAAAUUGUUUGGGUGGGGGCUCUGAUUUCUUUGCAGCGGCUUUGCAACUCCUUUUUGCCAUUGGGUUUUUCGCCCCGUGGCGUUUGUUGGAACACGGUGGCCUCUGCUGCCCUGAGAAUCCGCUGGCUUCCGCUGGACUUGAGAAUUGCGUGUUUUCUCUGUCAAAUUGGAGUGGAAAUGUACCUGGCCCAUAGAGCUGAGUCUUAAUAUUAUUAUUUUGUCUGUGUGUUUUCGUCUAAGGCGGUUUUAAGGCUGACUUCCCUUCAGCCACUCCUACAGAAAAGUUGUGUUUUGAAUAGCUUGGCAAUGUGGUGUUUUAUUGGAAGGGGUGUUCAGUUUUGAAGCCACCAACCUUUGCUGCAGUUCGCCUUGUGCAGUUCUGUUUUUCCCGUGUUCGAUUGUGAGCCCACAGGCAGGGACAGUCUGAUCUUCUUAUAAGUGCCUGGCUAUAUCAUUUUCUUUAGGCGCUCUGGAUGUGUGAAGUAGCCGUGAUAAUCUAUCCAGCGCAUGGGUGUUAUUCAUGCCAGAGACAAAGCCUGCUCUGCAAGGUCGUUGCACGUGGCAGGAGGAUAGUAAAGCGCGAAUUCCGCAUACUCUGCCUUUCCGAAGGACCUAGGAAGAGACCUGCAUGUUCAGGCCGUAUAGUUCAGGGGAGGAGGCGUCUGGGAAAACAGUCCCAACCUAGACCCGUGAAAGCAGAGUGGGAAGGCCCGUGUCUGUUGCUGCAGCCUUGCAAAGAGAUCAGUGGCAGUUUAAGGACUUUUGGCUUUCCUGCCAGUUACUGUUUCUUAGUACAGCGGUCCCUCUGUUCUCAAACGUCUCUGUUGACGAACGUUUUCGAACCCAAAUGCCCCAAACCCAGAAGUAAAUGCUUCUGUUUUCGAACGGCUUCUGUGUGCAGACUGAGUCUUCAGACAGCCCUUUGUGCCUCAGUUUUUGAACGUUUCGGAAGUCAAAUGGUCUUCCGGAACAGAUUAUGUUCGAGAACCGAGGUACCACUGUACUGGUUUGUUGUUGUUGUUUUGUAAACUGCUCUGAGGGGACCCCAGGGGUCAUCCAGUCCAACCCCCUGCCAUGCAGGAACCACAGCUUAAAUGCAGCAGUCGGUAGGGGAAGCACAACUAGCCAGAGCACCCGGCUGCCGAUACCCGUAAAUAAGGCCUGAAAGAUUCCUCGGGGUCUCAUCUCGCUUUUUCAAGGGGGGGGGGGUGUUGAUGGGAGACAGCAGGACCUCAGGAGGCCCGCUUGCCCCAAGAACCAAACCCAGCGCCCAAAACACAGGCGACGCCGUGGGGCCUUCACGCUGUGGGACCGUGAUGCUGGUGGUGAUGCCCGGCUCCCAAUGGACCCCCCUCCGCGCCCUCCUCCCUCCUUCCAUUGCCUGGCACUGAAGGGCUCUUCUUCUCCUUUGCCCCCCAGUCCCUUGCAGAGCAAAAAGGGGUGUCGGACUCAGGCGAGGACCCCCCGGGAGAAGCAGAGCCUCCUCGCCGGCCUGCGGGUCACCCCAAGUCACCAGGGGGGUGCAACUUUGAGGCUCCCGCCCCCCCAGGGGCCGAUUCCCGCAUUCUUCCGGUUCGGCCCGGACUGGCGAGGGUAAGUCUUGGAAAAGCUGGCCGGAAAGGCCUUCCACGGAAACUCUCUCUUGAGUUCUGUUUCUCCCCCCUCCCCAAAGCAUACGUUUUCUCUGCGCUUAAAUAUAUAUGACCCAGCCUUGCAGUUUAACUUGUCUGCAGCGGCACAAAAUGCCUUCCCAGAGCUUUGGUUUCUCCCUCCCAAAGUCAGCAGCGCUGAGAGAAGAGGACACAGUUUCUCCUAAUUUCCGCAGCCCGAUGCCCCACUCCCCCAAGGGUCCAGCUUUUGGAGGGCCAGAGGCAAAAAAGUGGGCCGUGCAAUCAAUGUGGUUCCUUGUACAGUAGGCUGGCCAAAUCGCCACAGUUCAGGGUGCUUGAUGGAGACAGGAAGCCGUCCCAGCGAGAGGCGUGGUCCGCAGAGGAGGGGUCCCCACACCCGUCUCCAUUCCGGCCGAGGAAUCGGACGCCCUCCCAAAGCCUCUGACUUUCCAUCUGCUCUUGGGCCUGACCAUUGGCCCUGCUGGCUGCUGGGAGUUGGUGCUCCAGGAGCGCCCGGAGGGCCCAAGCGUGGCCAGCCCGGCCUGGAGACAUGGAAACAGGCCUCCUUUGCCCUGGAUCCGGGGGUGAGGGUGGCCGUCCGCUGUGUGGGCCUUGGGAGGGUCAAGCGCAGACUGGAACAGGAGUUCCGAGAUUGGGUUGGGUGUGCAUUCGGUGGAAAUUCUGGGACGGGGGCGGGCGAAGGUGUGCUUGGUAAGGGAGGGAACGAAACAGGGUGUCUGUCGCCCUUGAGUGUGCCAAGGAUGCCGUCCUGUUUUUAGAGGCUUCAAACGGCUAACAGAUGCCCCACGAGCUCCAAGGCAAGGGGGGGGGGACAGAAAUACAAAAGGGGUGGUAUUAUUUUUGUUUUUAUUCUGCCCUUUGUCCGAAGGGCCCAAAGUGAUGCGGGAACCCAUACUUUGGGGGGUGAGGGGGGAGCAUGGGAUUUUUCCAGGUCAGGAAUGGUGGUCCUGUCCUGUGUUCAAAACCCCUCAGAUGCCAGGCCCCGUUUUGCGACUGGCACGGGUCUGAUUGCAACUGCGUGGAGAUCUCUGGGUGCCAGGCUGGCAGCGGGCACCUCCCUCUGGCUGGGCCCUCCGGCUUUCUUAAGCAGGUCAGCAGAAGAAGAGCUCAUUCUCUGCAUUCAUCUCCCACCUCUUUCUCCAGGGAGUACAUGGUUCACACACCCCUCCUCAGUUCUCCCCACAACAGCCUUGCAAAGGAGGUGAAGAGGCUGCAACUUGACUUCAUGACCAAGUGGGGAUUUGAAGCCUAGCUCUGCAUUGCCCACUCUGACUGGCAUCCAGCGGCGUUCCAGGGCUUCAGGCGGGGGUCUUCGUUUGCCAGCCAUGCCUGGAUAUGCCGCCGGGGCCUUGGGCGACCUCUGCGCCCCUGAGCCAGUGCCCUUCAAUGGAAGGGAAAUAGCUGUUCUUGGACGGGGUGGCGAGGGAGAGGAAGGUGCUUCAGGGUUAUGUCUCCGCAGCAUAUCUUUGGGCUGGGGGUUGGCAGGGGACGCCUGCCGUUUUGGGAAGUGUCGGGAUUUGGAAAAUGAAGCGAAGACAGCACCCUCGCUGCUUAAUCUGGGGCAGCGCUGCAGCCUUGGCAGUGUUUUAAAAUCAAUCCGCCCCCCAGGGUGGCCCUCCCAGACGCCACUGGGGCUCAGGGCACCCAGCAGCUCCAGAAGCCGAGAACUGGGAACGCAGCAACCUUUGGAGGGCCACAGAUUUCCCAUUUGUUGGCCUGAAGUUCUCCUUCCCUCCGAUUCCCUCCUUCCUCCUCCUGUUCCAUCCUUGGGUGCAGCUCCCAAACUUGCUCUCCUGUUCUGUGAUUUUGGCCAUUUUUUACUUAUUUUUAAUUGAAUUUUUAAUAGCAUCGAAUAGCUUUCGGGGGGGGGGGGCUGAAAUACAGGAAAAAAAUGUUGUUUUUUUUAAAACAAGUUUUCACGGUUGUCCAGCUGUGCUAAACAUUAGGAAGAACUCCCUGGCAGUAACAGGUCUUUGGCAGUGGAAGGCGAUGGGCUUCUCAGCUGCAAUUCCUGCAUUGCAGAAGGUUGGACCAGAGGAUCCUUUGAGUCAAAGAAUCGUAGAAUUGCAGAGUUGGAGAGGACAAUUCUAUGACUUCCCGAGUCCUUAGGAAAGCAGGGAAAGAAUGCCUGCGCCUGUCAUCACAAAGAGUCCCGCAUCCUGAAUUAAAACAGUUGCUUCUAUCCUUUUCUUUUUAACUUAAACAAUUGAAAAGUAAGCUUGGAGUGUGCUAAAUCCAGACACUCGAGUAGACCUGUGGGACCUUCUUAGCUGCCAUAUCUGCAUACAAAGUACUACCUUGGCUCUCGAACUUAAUCUGUUCUGGGAGUCCGUUCGACUUCUGGAACCGUUCGGAAACCGAGUUGCGGCUUCCGUCCUGCAGCCAGUUGGAAGCCACACUGGACGUUUGGCUUCCGAAAAAUGUUUGCAGACCAGAACACUUGCUUCCGGGUUUGCCGCAUUUGGGAGCCGAUUUGUUCAGGAACCAAGGCACCACUGUAAACUAAAAUGGACCAAACGGCAACGAAGUUGUCUGAGGCACUUUGACCCCUGGGUCCUUUUCACUCACAUGAGUUGUUUUCAAGGUGGGCGAUUUGCCAUGGCUUGGAUUCCCAAUAAUCGUGUGUGUGUGUGUGUGUGUGUGAGAGAGAGAGAGAGAGAGAGAGGGCGAUGAAAUCUAACUCUUACACGCGUGUAUAUAUAUUUGUUACAGAGGUCAGCAGAUGGGUCAAGUCCAGAAGACGGGGAAGGUGAGGGAGACUUCGUGUCCGCUGCCUAGAGACAGUCCAGAGGCGCCCCGAAUUCCCAUUCUCGGGGUGAUGAUCCCCCUGUGCCAGAAAGAGACACUGUCGGGAUGGGUUGUGUGGAAGGCCGACAUGUUUGCGUCGCCGGCCAGGGUGCAGGGGCUUAUUUCACUCCCGCCGUUCCGGCCAAGGGUUUUGCUCCCGCAAGUAAAAAAAACUCCUGGCAGUUGGUGGGCCGGCUCUCAUGUUGGGCGUGAGAGGGAGGUGGUGGGUUCCAGGGGAGGGCCAGACAAGGGAUCAGAGAGGGAGAGCUGUGAGCGACAGCCACGCUGGCCGGCUGAGGCUACCGGGGGUCAGAGGCCAGCAGCACUUGGGGGACCACAGACGCUCCCUUCCUUCGGGCCCACUCAAGACGUUUUGCCGCCUGAGGACCAGAAGGCACCCUCUCCCAGGGCUAGUAGUUGAAUCUUACUCGGAAACUGAUGGGAAGACACCGUAGCAGGCAUAGGGCAGACUGCACGGCAGUGACAACUCUGGCCACUCCUCGCCCCUCAGCUUCUGCCGCCUGAGGCAGCUGCCCCACUCUUUCUCAUGGCAGGGCCGGCAUGGAAGACACAGCCAUCAGAGGAGGGCCCAUCUGUUUUCAAAGCCUGCUUCCAGGUGGUCCCUCCUGCUAGUUGGGUUUCAACCCCGAAGGCUGAGAUGGCACAAGGUGGGCUUCCCUUUCACCCCCUCUCUCUCCUUCCCCACAGAGUCCGACCGAGAGGAUGGGAGCUACUGCCCCCCCGUCAAGCGCGAAAGGACCUCUUCCCUCACACAGUUCCCGCCUUCGCAGUCAGGUAAAGGGGGACGGUUUAUUUUCUCAGGGGGCUUGUGGCCUUUUUCUUGCAAUGCACUUCAGCUAGGAGCGGAGGGGGAGGUAGAUCUGGGAAUGGGACCGGCUGCCAGGAAACACAGCUCUGGGCUCCAGAUUUCGUGCUGGGCUGAUAACAGAAAGGACGGCUGUGACAUAAAUUGCCCAUUCGCUGUCUAGCAAUGGAGAAAGGGUGUGAUCAAAUUAAGUGAGAAAUGAAACGGCUCUGGGGCAGAUGGGCUGGUGGUCUCAUCCAGCAAAACUUGUCUUCUGUUUUUACAUAUGCUUGUUGUGAGGAGCCAGUUGUGUCCUGGUUGGGGAUACAACUCAGUAUUGUUUUCACACACACAAGCUGUUUCUCUCUUAACUGCAACAGGGGGUCUUUACUCAGCACCAGGGAAAAUACACCCUCCCAUUUCGUAGAAAUUGCUUAGAAAGGAGCUGCGUGUCUUGUCCUCUAACCUUUCCAGGGACAGUUGGAAACAUACCGUAUUUUUCGCUCUAUAAGACGCACCAGACCACAAGACGCACCUAGUUUUGGGAGGAGGAAAACAAGAAAAAAAAUAUUCUGAAUCUCAGAAGCCAGAACAGCAAGAGGGAUCGCUGCGCAGCGAAAGCAGCAAUCCCUCUUGCUGUUCUGGCUUCUGGGAUAGCUGCGCAGCCUGCAUUCGCUCCAUAAGACGCACACACAUUCCCCCUUACAUUUUAGGAGGGAAAAAGGGAGACUUAUAGAGCAAAAUACUCUAAAUGCUCUUUCCCUUAAAAACCUGAAUUAAGGAAUUAAGGCUAAUGAAAUCCCUGAAAAGUUCAGGAGAGUCUCUAUGUAUGUUACAGUCGCUGCUGGAAUUCUAAUCGCAAAAGGCUGGAAGGGAGAGGAUAUCCCAUCCAAAUUAGACUGGCAAAAUAAAAUAAGAGAGUACACUGAGUUGCCGGGGUUAUCAGCAAGGCUAAGAGAACGUUACAGAUGAAAAAUUUAUCAGAGAGUGGGAUACAUACAGAGUCUGUGUAAAAGAACAUUGUCCAAAGAUGGAUCUGUUGGGAGGUUUUGAUUGAGCUUCGGUGCGUAAAUAGGAUAAUUUUAGAAAGUAAAAUUUAUAGUUAAAUAACACAGAGAAAGUAAAGUUUAAGCACGCAUUUAAGGAAUUCAAUUCGGAAACGCAGGGGAAGAUUGGAUGUACAAAUCGAUGUACAAAGCAAGUGUUAGUUUAAAAAUUAAUAAUUGUGUAAUUUUUGUUUCUCAUUUUGCCUAUAACGUCUAUUGUACAUUUCUGUUACAAAGUUUACGAUCAAUAAAACAUUCAAAAACUGGAAAAAGGAAACAUACUCUUUAAAAAAGAAGUUGGGGUGGGGAUUCGAACUCAGCUCUCUCCUAGCUUCUGCACUUACUGCCCCCUUAUGCUGAUUCUCUGGGGGUGGGCAGCAAAAUAGGAAGGGGGAGCUCUUUUCCCUCUCUCACCCUCCUCCCUCUCGUCUCCAGUGACAAAGAACAAUGUCUUCAUGCCAUCGAGCUUAUGUGAGCCUUCGGCGGGGAACUCCGACUCUGAGCCAGGUGAGGGUCUCGGCUGGGCUGUCCUCCGCCCCUUCUCCCCACCCCCCUCCCAGUUUUGGAAGUGGGAGCGAGAGCAAUGUUUUUCCAUUUUGCAUUCCAGAGGAAAAAAGCACUGGAUUCAGGUUGAAGCCUCCCACUCUCAUCCAUGGCCAGGCGCCCAGCGCAGGUAAGGAGCAAGUUUUUAACCCUAGGGCACUGGGAAAACAGGAACAUAUUUGCUGCUAGUAUGAUUAUGUUAAUAUUCCACAUUUCCUCCAUUUUCUUAAAUCGGAAUCCCCCCAAAUAGGGGGCGUCUUAUAAGAAGUUGCUGUCCAAAACAUUAGGAGGGCGUCCAGGUUAGGGGCUGCUGGUGAGCUUUGGACCAGGCUGGGGAGGGAAUCCCCUCCUUCAUCUCUGCGUAAGGCCCAAGGGAAUCCUUUCUUCUGUUCUCCUCCCCCCGCAGGAGUCCCCAGCCAGAAACCGAAGGAACAGCAGAGAAGCGUCCUGCGCCCGGCAGUAUUACAAGCCCCCCAGCCAAAGGCUUUCUCGCAAACAGGCAAGUGACUCCCCUGGGCGGGGGAGAGAGCAGGGAGCAGCCAGACGUGCGUCCUGGGUCCGUGAGCAGCCUUGUUUCUGGCAAGGAAGAGGGUCCCCAUCAAAGACCAGCAUCCUGUCCAACCAGGAUGGCGCUGGGGUCUAAACCACUGAGGCUCUUGGGCUUGCCAGGAGGUCGGCGGUUCGAAUCCCUGCGACGGGGUGAGCUCCCGCUGCUCUGCCCCAGGUCCUGCCAACCUAGCAGUUCGAAAGCAUACCAGUGCAAGUAGAUAAAUAGGUACUGCUGUAGCAGGAAGGUAAACGGCGUUUCCGUGCGCUCUGGUUUCCGUUACAGUGUCCCACUAAGUGGUUUAGUCCUGCUGGCCACAUGACCCGGAAAGCUGUCUCCGGACAAAGGCCAGCUCCCUCAACCUGAAGCGAGAUGAGCGCUGCAACCCCAUAUUCACCUUGCACUGGUCUUAACCGUCAUGGGGUCCUUGACCUUUUACCCAACCAGAGACCCCCAAAGGGAAGCCCCCGAAGCAGGGGACCACUCUGUUAGCUCAAAGGAACUCAGUCGCCGCCACCACACAAACCCUAAAUGUGUUCUGGGGUUUCCCCCAACCCUCCAGGGCAAAGGGAGAUUUCUGUCGCACAAGCCAAACUCCUUGUGCUAAUGGAACCAAACCCAUCCAUGUACAGUCGUACCUCGGAAUUCAAACGGAAUCCGUUCUGAAAAUCCGUUCAACUUCCAAAACGUUCGCAAACCAAAGCACGGCUUCCGAUUGGCUGCAGGAAGCUCCGGAUGUUCGGCUUCCGAAAAGAGUUCGCAAACCGGAACAGUCACUUCUGGUUUUGUGGUAUUCAGGAGCCGAACCGUUUGACUUGCAAGGUGUUUGGAAUCCAAGGUACGACUGUAAUGAUUUUGCUUUUGGUAAAAAUGGGUCAUGGAUGUAGGUCCCUCUUUUUGACUUCCCCUCGGGGCACCAGGACGCUGGACGAGACGGGCCUGAUCCCGCAACCGGGCUCUGCUUAAGCCCUUGUGACUCCGCCCCGCUUUUAAAAACCAACGAAACCGUCGCCGAGAAAUAAGGGCUCUUGCAAGAACGAAGCCGGUGCUCCUUGCCUGCUUUUAAACGGGGCAUUUUCUUCUCCGCAGUUCCAAGCAGCGGGACCAACGGCGUGAGCAUCCCUCCGGACCCCGUGGCCGCCGUGUCGGAAUCCGCAACGAACGCCGUGCCCAAAAGCCCCGACACAGAGGAGAAGGUGAGUCUGUCGGGAGCCCUGAGGUGUUGGCAGAAGGGAGGACGUGGGCCGGUGCCUCGUCUGCCGGUCCUGGGUUUUUAUUCUGCAAUUUGAUGAUUGGCUUGUGGUGUUGGGGGGCACCUUCGCUGCAGGAAUACAGGGGGGCUCCCUCAGUCCAGGCAUUCCCUGGCUCCCAAAGACACACUUUUUAAGGCCAGUAUCCCCCCUGAACGUCUGCUAUUAGCUGUUUUGGUGGUGCGUUCGAACUGUUUGUUUUUGUGUGUCUCUUAAGGAGUCCAACAGCACCUCGGAGACAGAGAAGGCAGACCAGAACACGCCACAGUCCUUCGUGUUUGGGCAGAACCUACGGGAUCGUGUGAAGGUACCUGCAAAUUUGAUAGCCGAUGCGAUAGGCAGGGUGGAAAUAUUGUUGGCACCCGUCUGUCCUGAGAGACAAGGGAGUGAGGCCAAAUAGCUGUGUGAGCAGCGCCCAAGCAAUGUCCCCGGGGCGCAAGUCUGGGCAGUGUGUCUGGGGGUCCUGGGCAGCCCAGACAAGAACCCUCUCGCUGAUGUGGGCCAAAGGAAAGCAGAGCAAGACGUUUUUGGCACCCGCUUGGCUGCUGGAAGGAGCCGUACAAGGCGUCAUCCUUGGGGACUCCAGAUUUGUGUCGGGUUUAUUCCUGAGUCUUUUCUUCUCCCAAAGAUGUCCCACAAAGUUUUGGGUCUCCGUUUUCCUAGACAGGCUCCCUUCCCAUCUGCCCUCCCCUCCACUUCCCUCUACGGCACAUGUAGAAUCUGUUUUCCUCCUCUGUGUAAAAAACUGAGCUAGAGAGAGGCCUUCUUCAGCCCUCCCCGCCCCCCACAUCUUGGCGCGUCUCACUGCUUCCCGUCUCCAUCCCAGCUAGGGGACGAGGCCGACAGCGCCGUCGACGCGCAGAACUCCCGGCUCCCCAACUCGGAGGCACCUCUGGCCACAAACUACUUCCUCCAGUACAUCAGCUCCAGGUGGGGAAGAGACCGCCGGCGACCCCCCUCCCCUUCCCUCACUCUCCCUGGGUUCUGCAGCAGCCUCGAACCCCAGGCCUUCCGUCCUUCCUCUGCGCCGAGAGGGCGGCGAGUCCGCCAUGUUGCUGUUGCAGGGAGAAAACACAGCGUUCCUCUUUUCCUUGCAGCAUAGAAAACUCGGCGCACAACGCGGAGGCCCCCAGUAACAAGUUUGUGUUUGGCCAGAACAUGAGCGAGAGAGUCUUGGUGAGUCCGCCUCCAAUCCUCCGUUUGCUCGAGUCCAGAGACAGAGAACAACAUCCCUGCGAGGCCACUGACCGUCUGUUUGCCUUCCUCUUCGUUGCACUUCUAUAUAUUGCUUUUUGCUUCCCGGGAGCUCAAGGCGGCCUGCAUGCUUCUCCCCCUCCAAGGCCCCACAGUGACUUGUGAAGGUUCCUUGGGGGCCGGGGGCCGCCUCUAAGCCCAUCCCACCUCGCAGGGGAUAGAAGGAGGAAGUGCGGGGAACCGUACACAUCGCCUGAGCUCCUGGCAGUAAAAAGGCAGGGUGCAAAUUCAGUCACUCAAUGAAUUAUUUGAAUACCAAAGCGAAAACAAAUCUAGGUUUUUUCCCCUCUCCAUUUGGGGGGCAAUUGAGGUUCUGGCAAGGGACGCGGGUGGCGCUGUGGUCUAAACCACAGAGCCUAGGGCUUGCCGAUCAGAAGGUCAGUGGUUCAAAUCCCCGCAAUGACGGGGUGAGCUCCCGUUGCUCGGUCCCUGCUCUUGCCAACCUAGCAGUUCGAAAGCACCUCAAAGUGCAAGUAGAUAAAUAGGUACCGCUCUGGCAGGAAGGUAAACGGUGUUUCCGUGCGCUGCACUGGUUUGCCAGAAGGGGCUUCGUCCUGCUGGUCACAUGACCCGGAAGCUGUACGCCGGCUCCCUCGGCCAAUAAAGCGAGAUGAGCGCCGCAACCCCAGAGUCAUCCGCGACUGGACCUAAUGGUCAGGGGUCCCUUCACCUUUUUACAAGGUUCUGGCAGCCGUGUCCAUUGCUCCUGAGAGCUUUCAGUUCUGUAGAUUUAGACAGCAAAGACGGAACAGGGUGCUUGAGCGUCCUGACUUCAUAGAACCAUAAAAUCGUAGAGUUGGAAUCUCAGCUCAAGCAUCCAUGACAGAUUGCCAUCCAACCUCUGCUUAAAAGCCUCCAAGGAAGAAGAGCCCACAACCUCCCAAGGGAGUCCAUUCCAGAAUUCAAAGACUUGUGGGCAAGUCCCACCCAGGUGGGAACUUAUGGCAGGGCAGCCGGCUCAACUUCCCAGCAGGAUGGAGCCCCAGGACAGCCGCCAGGUCCCGUCCCCCUGGAAGCCAGCCUGGAGCGUUUCCUCGGUAGCGUCCCUGUUUUCUGACCGCCACUCCUUUCCGGCAGAGCCCCCCCAAGUCGAGCGAAGCCAGCACGGACAGCGUCAAGGAGAACGCCGGCGGAGAUUCGGGCUCGGAGUCCUCGUCGCAAGAAGCCACUCCCGAGAAAGGUACGGUCGCCGGGCUCCCUCUUCUCCCUGUCUCUCCAUCGACUCAAGAGUCGCACGCACCAAAGUCCGGUGGGUUUUGGCAGCUGUGCUCUUCCUUGACCCGGGUGUCAAAGCAGGAAGGGGAGGAACUGUUCGUGCUGUGAUGUUUCAGAGCCCUCUGCCCUCUCCACCCCACCACCAGUAAUGUGGCUUAUUUUAUUUUAUUUUAAGGUAAGCGCGGGUGGCGCUGUGGUCUAAACCACUGAGCCUCUUGUGCUUGCCGAUCAGAAGGUCGGCGGUUUGAAUCCCUGCGACGGGGUGAGCUCCCAUUGUUCUGUCCCAGCUCCUGCCUACCUUGCUGUUCGAAAGCAUACCAGUGCAAGUAGAUAAAUAGGUACUACUGUGGCAGGAAGGUAAACAGCGUUUCCGUUUCGGUCGACCCAAAAGUUUAAAAAGGAAUGGGAGAUUCAUAGGCAGUAUUUAAAAGAACAUUGUCCCCAUGUUAAAACUUUGGAAUGCUUUGAUUAACUCCUGGAAUUUCAUACUGUAUAAAGAACACAAAUAAGAUAAGAUACACAAAUAAUACAGGCUAAGUUUAUUGAAAAAUAGAGGCAAAGGAAGCAAAGAACCAUCAGCAAAGAGGUCGGAAGUCGAUGGCUGAAAUGUUUUUGUGUUUUCACGUUGUACUCUUUUCUUUCUUUGUGAGUUAUGUGCUGUGUUUUUAUUAUUAUUAUUUGUGUGUCUGUCUCAUUUUUAAACCAGUAAAGAUUGAAUUUUAAUGUUAAUAAUAAUGAUGACGUGGCCUAUCCGUUCUCCAGCCAACAACAUUUCAGAGUCACUGGCCGAGUCUGCUGCAGCCUACACGAAGGCGACGGCCAGGAGGUGUCUUCUGGAGAAGGUGGAGGUGAUCACGGGGGAAGAAGCCGAGAGCAACGUCCUACAGGUAAGCAGGAGAAGCGGCAAUGGCAGCAUCCCAUGCGCCACAUCUCUGCAGUGACAUUUGCAACGUUUAAGACAGCUGGGUUGGUCAGAAGCACAGCAGCUGCCAGAAGUGGACUUGAAUCCUGACUUGGGAGAAGGAGCGGGCUAAAAAAUGCAAGCAUCAUAUGAUAUGAUAUACUAAAUAUAAAAUAAUAUACAGUCGUACCUUGGUUCUCAAAUGGAAUCCGUUCCAGAAGUCCAUCCGACUCCUGAAACCGUUCAAAAACCAAGGCACAGCUUCCUAUUGGCUGCAGUUCUUUUCUUCUUGAUUUCUGAGCUUCUCAAUUUUAGUUUUGCCAGUUUGGCACAGUCCAUCGACUUGGUUUGCACCUUGUUGACUGGCGGCCCCAGUUCCCCUCGCAGCCUCCUUCACGCCAGUCUCGGCAUUCUGCGCGUGCUCCAGUUUCCUUUCCCCGCAGAUGCUCCUUGCUGCCGCCUCCGCCUUCCGCGCUGGGCGCGUCCUGGAGUUCCUGUUCGCGGGGCUUUGCGGUCUUUCCUCCUGCAGCUUUUGAUCUCCGCUGCCUUCGCCGUUAAUGUCCUUCAGCCCCUUUCCUCUGUUGCAGAUACAAUGCAAGUUGUUUGUCUUUGAUAAGAACUCCCAGUCUUGGGUCGAAAGAGGCCGGGGACUCCUGAGGCUCAACGACAUGGCUUCCACGGACGACGGGACGCUACAGUCGCGCCUUGGUAAGAGAGGGGCAGAGAGGAAGCCCCCGGGAACUGGGGGUCGCAGCCGGGGGCCAGCCGGGGAAGGGUCUGCGAGGGGAAGCGUUGCAAAGGCAAGCUGGUCGUUGGGGCUGAGCAGGACCCCCAGAGGAGAUAGAUCACUUCCUUAGAAAGAUAUUGAAAUGCCACUGAUUCCGACGGAAACGAGGAGGAGCUUUCUGACAGCAAGAUGAUGCAAUAAUGAUGAGGAUAAUAAAGUUUAUGCCCCGCCCAUCUGGCUGGGUUUCCCCAGACACUCUGGGCAGCUCCCAACAGAACUUUAAAAACACCAUCAAACAUUAAAAACUUCCCUGAACAGGGCUGCCUUCAGGGCUGUCUUCUAAAAGUCAGGUAGUUGUUUAUUUCCUUGGCAUCUGAUGGGAGGGCGCCACCACUGAGAAGGCCCUCUGCCUGGUUCUCUGUAACCUCGCUUCUCUCAGGGAGGGAACCGCCAGAAGGCCCUCGGGAGGAGGACCCCGGUGUCCGGGCUGAACGAUGGGGCUGGAGACGCUGUGAUCCGAAAUAAACGCUUGUUUGCUCUUUUGAAAUCUCUCUCUCUCCUCAGUGAUGAGAACGCAAGGCAGCCUUCGGCUAAUCCUGAACACCAAACUGUGGGCUCAGAUGCAGAUCGACAAAGCCAGCGAAAAGAGCAUCCGAAUCACAGCGAUGGACACAGAGGACCAAGGAGUCAAGGUUUUCCUUAUAUCGGUAAGGAGGCGGGAUUUCCAUGUGUCAUACUUUCCCCCCCUAAACUGAUGCAGAAAUUGCAUUAGCCUAAAUUGUGCGAAAAUUGAAAUUCUUUAAAAUAUAUACGCCCAAUUUUCCUAUGCUCCACAACCCCGAGAUGCAUUUUAAAUAAAAGCACACAUUCUACUCAUGUAAAAACACGCUGAUUCCCGGAUCGUCCAUGGGCCGGAUUGAGAAGGCGCUUGGGUCAGAUCCGGCCCCCGGGCCUUCGUUUGCCUACCCCUGCAUUAGGGUUACAUUAGGAAGAAGAAGGGGGGAAGAGGUGGAGGGGUCCCCCACCCACUUUUGAGAGCGAGCCCCUCUUUGCCCCGCAGGCCAGCUCCAAAGACACGGGGCAGCUCUACGCGGCCUUGCACCACCGGAUCCUGGCCUUGCGGAGUCGGGUGGAGCAGGAGCAGGAAGCCAGCAGCGCGGCACCGGAGCCCGAAGUGACCCAGUCCAACGAGGAAGACAGCGACGACGACGUCCUCGCCCCCUCGGGGUCGCCCGGAAGUGGUGAGCCAGGGCGGCGGGAGGGGGCCAGGUCUCCCCUUUCCAGGGGCCUUAACAAUCUGCCAUGUUUUUCGGCGUUGCAUUUUCAGUUUCCUUGACCGGGGGCUUUACUAACGGCAGAGGAGGUUUGAGGAUUUGCAAGGAAUGGGGUUUUUUUGGGGGGGGGGGUUGAAAGGGAGAUAAUCACACGGCAUUGUAGAGUGUGUGGGAAUGUUUCUUCUUCUUAUUUUUUAUUAUUUUUACUCCGCCAAUCUGGCUGAUGUUUUAAUGUCUUUUCAACCCUUUGUUGGAAGCCGCCCAGAGUGGCUGGGGAAACCAGCCAGAUGGGCAGGGUAUAAAGAAUAAAUUAUUAUAAUACUAUUAUUAUUAUUACUUUUUAAAAAACCAAACAUCCACCAUAAUUGCUCCCUCCCAACCUUGCUCAACCUACCAACUUUCCACAACCCUCAAAGAUCGGUGCAAGCCUUUGCUGUUGCGGCUUUUGUUCCAUUUUCAUGUUCUCUUAAGACCAUUUUUGCCGCUUUGUGUGCUGGCUUCGCAGCGAGCCCUUGGGGGCGCUUAUAUGGGGGGUUGUCCAUUAUCAUAUUUCAUGGGUGUGUGUUUUUUAUUUGCAUGUCAUUUGGAUUUAUUUGGCGGGGGAAAUUAGUCGCCUGGAGCCGCGCUCUGGUCUCCCUAGGUGAGCCCAGCGACCGGUUUUGCAGCGCCUCCUUCUCUCCCCCCACCCGCAGGUCCCACCAACGAAGGGGACGGGCAGACGACGGGCGGCACAUAG